UUCGCGCUCUUUUCUUUCGGCUGACAGAUCGAAUAAACAGACAAUAAACAAUUGCAUGUCCUCAAGCUUGAGCUAAGAGCGUGAAUCUGUUAACGUAAAAUUCACUAGAUUUUAAUCACAUUCCCAGUGUUUCUUGUUUGAACAAGUAAAAAAAGAUGAUUUCGUUCACCCCACGUACAUUGGUAACCGGUUCGAUGCUGCGUAAUUUCAUCGACAAGCACGUCAGCAUUCAUGUGAAUGUUGAAACGGAGGUCGAUCGUGGAGCAUCGGUCAUCAAAGCCAAGUCGUCCGAUGAUCAGGAUGUCACCAUCGAACUUUCGGAGCCAUUAAAUUCGCCGGUCAAAGGAUGGAUCGAAGUCAUUGGUAUUCCAACCAGCGCAAACACCAUUCGCAACAAAGAGAUCAUCAUUUUCCCCGACGAACCAACCAAUGAGCCAUACAACAAAAGUGCACACGUUCAAGUGGUCACCUUCUUCAACAACUGCAAAGAUAUCUACAAAAUCGAAUAAGAUCAUGGAAAAUCAACAACAACAACAAAAACAACAACAAAAAUCCAGUUCCCAUAAUAUGGUUGUCAUUCAAUUGUAUCAAUAAAGUUACACAGUUUGUUAUAGGAUUUACAAA